AUGGCUCGAAAGUACCUUGGAGGUUCUGGUGAGGCAUUGACAGUAUGGAUAUCCGUUGCUGCUUCGACAGUUUUAGUUUUCUAUGGUUACGACCAGGGUGUUUUUGGAAAUGUGUUAGUUGGUGACGACUUCCUUCGAACGAUGGGGUACCCAACAACAAGUGUUCAAGGGACUUUGACUUCUGUCUAUAACCUGGGAUGUUUCUUUGGAGCACUCUCUACUAUUUGGACUGGAGAUCUUCUCGGCCGACCUAAAGUGAUACUCCUAGGAAGCACCAUCAUUGCCUUGGGUGCACUCAUCCAAACUGCUAGCUACGGUGUUGCCCAAAUGAUGGUGGGAAGAAUAGUGGCGGGAUUGGGAACGGGUAUGAAUACUGCGACUGCAGGUGUCUGGCAAGCCGAGACUAGCAAGAUGAGAAGUCGUGGGAAACUAGUCAUUAUUCAGAUGGCUAAUUGCAUCACCGGAUUCUCGAUCUCUAAUUGGCUUACACUUGGAUUUUCAUUCACGAAGGGUAGUGUGGCAUGGAGAUUCCCUCUGGCUUUCCAGAUAUUCUUUACUGCUAUAAUCUGGGCUUUAUGUCCAUUCUUACCAGAUUCGCCGCGUCUGCUCAUUAGAAAAGGGCGACACCAAGAGGCGUACGAAGUUCUAGCAGCACUUGAAGGUCAUAGUGCAACUAUCGACUCUCCAUCUGUGAAACAACAAUUUAAUAUUAUCAAAGACGUCUUGGAUCGGGAACAUAUGAACUCAUAUACUUGGUUCCAAUUGUUAUCUGGUAAAGGCCCAUCUGGAGUUUUGAGACGUAUGAUUCUAGGAGCUUGGAUGCAAGCAAUGAAUCAAAUCAGUGGUAUCAAUGUCACUAGCUAUUACAUGACAUACGUUUUCAUUCAUGCGCUAGGAAUAUCCGAAUUGAGAGCACGCAUUCUUGCAGCCGCAGGAUCUGUCGACUAUCUUCUUUUCGCUUGUUUAGCCUACUUUGUAAUUGAGCGAUAUGGUCGUCGACGCGUGAUGAUGGUAUCUGCAUUUGCAUGUUCUACUUGCUGGAUCAUCAUCACCAUCGUACUUGCCUUGACUGUCUCUGAUCCAGCACAUAGCUAUCAAUACGGAGCUGUGGCAGUCUCGUUCUUCUUUGCGUUCUUUGCAGCUUUUGGCAUGGGUGUUUUGGGAGUUCCAUGGCUCUAUCCUACCGAGAUCAAUGCUCUUGAGAUGCGUACUAAGGGUGCAUCUCUAGCCAUGGCUACCAAUUGGAUUAUGAACUAUAUGGUUGCCGAAGUGACUCCGUCAGGAAUUGAAAAUCUUGGAUGGAGAUUCUGGAUUAUCUGGGCAGUCAUUUGCGCGAGUUUCGUUCCGAUUACAUAUUUCUUCUAUCCAGAGACUGCGAACAGAAGCUUAGAGGAUAUCGAUCGCUUCUUUGAAAGUAAACCUGGACUCUUUAUCCACCGAAAUAAGAUAGCUACUCAGCUACAAAGGCCACAAAUAUACGAAGAGGAAGAUCUGAGACUCGGGAGAGCUGCUGAAGAAAAAGAGUUUCAAAAAUCGAGCUCUAGCCCAGAGAAUGGCGUAGAGGUUAUGAAAGUGGAACACAAACUAGCGUAA